AUGUCUGUCCUGUGCCUCUCCACUUGUCAGGCACUUGUUGACCAAGAUGGAUGCGGUCUAACGAAAAACUGCUGGGAAAACCCUACAGGAUGCGUAGUACCAGACUGUGAUUUCUUGAUUACAUGGGAGUCUAAAGAAUUAUCGGAUAGUACUGAAUUUGAACUUUUCGGAAAACUGACAGAUUCAGAACAUUAUCUUGCUAUUGGAUUCUCAUUUGAUCAAUAUAUGGUAGGUGCCGGCAAUUUAGUAUCUACGUUUGCUGAUAAUACUCUAGAGUGCACGUUCAGUAGACUUCAUAGCAAUCCAGGCACAGACCCUUUCGCCGAUUUGGCUGCAAACUCGUAUUAUCUAGUCGUCGCAAGAGGGCCAAGAUUGGAUAGCGAUCCACCUAAGCUGGCCAAGCACACAUUGAUACCAAUAGUAUCUUCAGGUCUGAUCGACUUUACAAGUGCACCAUCCAGUAUUAUAUACAGUGGCGCCCAACUACCAGCUAUCCAUGGAAUGAAUACGCUUUGCCAUCUACCCACUAUAAUUGUGUCUGUCCUGUGCCUCUCCACUUGUCAGGCACUUGUUGACCAAAAUGGAUGCGGUGUAACGAAAAACUGCUGGGAAAACCCUACAGGAUGCGUGGUACCAGACUGUGAUUUCUUGAUUACAUGGCAGUCUGAAGAAUCAUCGAAUAGUACUGAAUUUGGACUUUUCGGAAAACUGACAGAUUCAGAACACUACCUUGCUAUUGGAUUCUCGUUUGAUCAAUAUAUGCCUGAAACCGAUGUAUGGGCAUGCAUGGGUCUAAGUAAUUCAAGUAUUGUCCUGGACCAUUCCUACAACCCCUCUUACAGCAACGAGCAAUUAUCUACAGUAGGUGCCGGCAAUUUAGUAUCUUCGUUUGCUGAUAAUACUCUGGAGUGCACGUUCAGUAGACUUCAUAGCAAUCCAGGCACAGACCCUUUCGCCGAUUUGGCUGCAAACUCGUAUUAUCUAGUCGUCGCAAGAGGGCCAAGAUUGGAUAGCGAUCCACCUAAGCUGGCCAAGCACAUAUUGACACCGAUAGUAUCUCCAGGUCUCAUCGACUUUACAAGUGAUAUAUACAGUGGCUCUCCAGUACCAGCUAUCCAUGGAGUUGUGUUGUUCUGUUCACUGAUUUGUCUUGCAUUCAUUGCUUAUAUGCCAUAUGAAGAAAAAAAAAAUGAUUGGGGAAUACUAUGUGGGGAUAAUUCGGGUAUUAAACUCGCUUGCAAAAGAUUGAUAUCGCCAGUAAAUGGUAAGAUUUUGCCAGUCUGCACACAGAGCGACACACUGAAUCAAGGUUUACAGGAUGCCAGCCAGGUUGUCAUCUUUGUCCUUGAACCAUUCUCAGCCACGCGACUACAGAUUCGUACUAGUAACUCGGAAAAUAUUAAAAUUCAGUUCUCACCACUAUCGGCACUUGUUGACCAAGAUGGAUGCGGUGUAACGAAAAACUGCUGGGAAAACCCUACAGGAUGCGUGGUACCAGACUGUGAUUUCUUGAUUACAUGGCAGUCUGAAGAAUCAUCGAAUAGUACUGAAUUUGGACUUUUCGGAAAACUGGCAGAUUUAGAACAUUACCUUGCUAUUGGAUUCUCAAUUGAUGCAUCAAUGCCUGGAACCGAUGUAUGGGCAUGCAUGGGUCUCAGUGAUUCAAGUAUUGUCCUGGACCAUUCCUACAACCCCUUUUACUACAACGAGCAAUUAUCUACAGCAGGUGCCGGCAAUUUAGUAUCUACGUUUGCUGAUAAUACUCUAGAGUGCACGUUCAGUAGACUUCAUAGCAAUCCAGGCACAGACCCUUUCGCCGAUUUAGCUGGAAACUCGUAUUAUCUACAAGUCGCAAGAGGACCAAGAUUGGAUAGCGAUCCACCUAAGCUGGACAAGCACACAGUGACACCAAUAGUAUCUCCAGGUCUCAUCGACUUUACAAGUAAUAUAUACAGUGGCGCUCCAGUAGCAGCUAUCCAUGGAAUGCGUGAACAAAUUCGUCUAUUUGUCGUGGUUGUAUACACUGUGUGUUUUUCAUCAUAUGAGGUGCUGGCACUGGUUGACGCCAUUGGUUGCGGAGAACAUAAAGGCUGUUUCCAGUAUCCUGACGGUUGCCAAGACGCCGAGUGUGAACUUUUAGUCACAUGGCAAGCUGUCACCGCUGGUAUUGACACUGAGUUUGGAAUCAUUGGAAAGCUGACCAGCGAGGAACAUUACGUUGGUAUUGGAUUUUCACACAACCAACAGAUGACAGGAGCUACAAACUUAACUGCUGCAUUCGAUAACGGUGUAUUGGAAUGUACGUUUACAAGGCUUAAUAAACUUGAAGAUCCUCAAGAACCAUUCUUCGAUUUGACGGCGAUGGAAUACUACUUAAUGGUUCCCAGAGGUCCCCGGGACGACACCCAUGAUCCCCCUAAACUUAAGAAACACAUUGAGAUACCCAUCGUGUCUAAUGAGAAGAUAAACUUCACUCUCUAUUCUACGUAUGGUGGUGACGUGAAUUUGCCGACAUUGCCUAAAGUACAUGGGUCACUAAUGAUGUUUGGUUGGAUCGUCUGUGCAAGUAUUGCUAUCAUAUGUGCUCGAUAUUACAAACCUAUGUGGCCAGGGAGACAGUUACUUGGACAAAAAGUGUGGUUUACG